AUGCCGCAUGCCAAUCUCCCGGCUCCGGCCUUCAAGGCCUUCAUUCUCUGCGGCCCCGGAAGUGGCUUCGAGACCUUCUGCGCCAACCCGAAAGACGGCCCGAAAGCGCUGCUCCCCAUCGCGAACCGCCCGAUGGUGUGGUAUCCGUUGGAUUUCUGCUACCGAAUGGGCAUCACGGAAAUCUCCCUCAUCAUCUCCCCCGAUUCCCACGAAGCGCUAGACGAUGCCCUUAACCAAAACCCCUACCUCACCUCCCUCCCCUCCCCAAAGCCCGAUAUCAUCGCCCCCCCAGGCCUCGCCCAAUCCUCCACUGCACAGAUCAUCGGCACCGCCGAACUCUUCCGCUUCCCCGAAGUGCAGGCCGCUAUCGACUCCGACUUCCUCGUUCUCCCCUGCGACCUCCUCACCGAGCUCGACCCCCUCGCCGCCUAUGAGACGUGGAUGACCUUCCAAGCCGAGGUGGCAGGCAUGGGCGCCGGUGCUGGACGCCAGGGAGGUCUGGGGUUCUGGUACAGCGUGCUUGACGCCGAGAGGAAGAAGCCGAAGGGCGCGGAGACGGACUUCGUCAUGACGGCCGCGAUAGCGCGGCCGGCCGUCGUGUUUCCGCAUGCGGCGUCGCUGGCGCACAAUACGGAGCAGCUGCUGAACGCAAAGUCGAACGCGACGCUGGACGACGAGGUGGCGAAUCACGGGGCGCUGCGGAUCCGCAACAAGGCGAUCGAGGAGUUUGGGCGGACGCGCAUCGAGCGGGUGUAUCGUGACUCGCAUGUGUAUUUCUUCCCCCGCUGGGCGAAGGAGCUGAUGGCGCGGAAUGCGACGUUCGAGUCGAUGUCGGAAGACGUGAUCGGCGCGUGGGCAAAGGCGAGCUGGCAAGACGGGUUGGCGGAGAAGUUGGGGAUGCAGGAGUAUUUCGACGCCGCCACGCCCAACGGCAGCACGGCGGACAACGGGACCGCAGACGUCGACAUCGCGUCCAUGAUCAGCACCAUGUCCGUCCACCCUCCCACUCUCUCCACCGCCUUCGCCUCCCGCGUCCCCUCCUCCCCCUCCUCCUCCCGCUCCCUCCUUCCCCCCUUCCUCACCUACCUCCACCCCCCUUCACCCCCCGCCCCCCUCCUCCGCCGCAUCGACACCGUCCCCACCCUCCUCCUCACUACCCUCCACCUCGCAGCCCUCCCCCCCUCCUCCUCUCCACUCACCCACACCGCCAAAAUCACCCACCCCCACCUCGUCGACCCCCAUGCCCGCAUCGAUCUCCCCACCACCCUCCUCGACGCCAACGUCACCGUCGGCGCGCACGCCACAGUCAAAGAAUGCGCGGUGGGCGCGAACUGCAGUAUCGGGCCAGGCGCACGCCUGCUCCGGUGCGUGUUGAUGGAUGGGGUGGAUGUUGGGGCGAAUGUGACGCUGAGCGGGUGCGUGGUGGGGCGGCGAGCGAAGUUGGAGGGGAAGGAGCGGAGGGCGAAGGGGGAGCAGGGGACGGUGUUGAGGGAUUGUGUGGUACGGCAGGUGUUUUUGGUGGAGUGGGGGACGGAGGAGAAG